AACACCAUUCAAGUGGUGCGAUAACUUAAAAUCUUAAAGCGGUACACUUAUUCAGCCACACACGAACACAAAUAGAGAAUCCCUCCCUCAAUUGUUUCAACCGCCAUUCCUUCACUGCAGCAGCAAACUAUUAAGAAGCCUUCUCUGCAAAAACAAACUAUUUAGAAGAUAAUACAAAUUCAAAUGAAUAUGAAGUACACAACUUUGAAGCAGAUAUCGAAGGACAAAGAUAAAUCAAAAGUGAAAGUUAGAGUUUUACAAAUGUGGGAUGCAAUUAAAUAGCAAACAACCAUUAUCUGAUCAGCCUCGAUAUGAUAUUGGUUGACAAAGAGGGAACAUUGAUACAUGCAAGCAUCAGAAAGAAUCUUGCUCAAAGUUAUCAUCCACAACUAAAUGAAGGGAGCAUAUAUACAAUUACAAAUUUCUUAGUAGAAGAAAAUAUAGGGAACUAUUGUCCAGUACAUAACAAACUCAAAAUACUUUUCAAUUCAACAACUUCAGUCUCAAAAUUCAGCGGAUUUGAUCAUUCAAUACCUCAAUCCCAAUUUGAAUUUGCUGAUUAUGGAACAAUAGCUUCCCGUUGCUAUGACACACCUUACUUGACUAAUGUGAUUGGCAUAUUGGACUACAUUGGAGCCAUUGAGGAGAUCAAAACAAGAGGGUGUCCAACAAAGAUGAGAAACAUUAAACUAUUGUUAGAAGUGAACAAAUCAGUUCAAACAACUUUGUGGGGAAAUACUGCACAACAAAUAGAUGAUGAUUUCUACAAAACAAAUAAAGGGCCAUUCAUUGUAAUAGUCACUUCAACUAUUAUGAAAACUUUAAGAGGUGACUAUCAACUAUCAUCCACUUUUGCAACAAAGUUGUAUGUCAAUUUAGACAUUCCAGAAGUUGCAGAAAUUAGAAACAAGACUUACUGGUAACAUGCAAUGCCAAAAUCAUUAAUAUCAACAACAAAUAUGGAUGGUAUUAUGUUGCAUGUCUUAUAUGCAAGACAAAAGUGAAACAAGUCAAAGGAGUUCUAUGGUGUGAAUGUUGUAAAAAUGAGCCAAAGUUUGCAGUUCCAAGGUAAUGAAAG